AUGCAGGUUUUCGAAAAGACCCACCGAGUCAACAGGUACAACUGCUGCGUCAACUGCGCUGUGGGGUUGGCUUCCGCCGGCCUGACGUGCGUCUUCUGCCCCGUCGGCGUCCUAUGCCCGGGCAAGUUGUUCCCCUACUACUCGCUCAAGGCGCGUGCUGCCAGGGGCCGCGGGCCGCUCGACAGCCAGGCUGUGCAGGUCCACAGUGUCUACAACGACUUCUGCUGCCACCUGCAGCAGACCGUCAAGACACUGCCCCUGGAGAAGGUGCAGGACAUCCAGAUCACUCAGAACUGCCUCCACGCGUGCUUCGGCGUCCACCAGGUCAGCGUCCAGACCGCUGGGAACAGCAACCCCGACGCCGGCGCCGAGCUGAGCGCCGUUUUCCUGGCCGCCCCCCUCGGCGCCCGCGAGGCCCUGCAGCUGGCGGUCCGCCUGAACAGGCAGCACCAGGGCUCCGCCGCGGCGCCCCUCCAGCAGGCCGGCAUGGCACGCGGCGGCGGCAGCGGCGGCGGCGAGCUCGCGGCGCGCCUGUCGGCACUGGACGUGCUGGUGCAGCGCGGCGCGCUGACCGCGCCCGAGGCGCGUGCGGCCAAGGUCGGGGUGCUCGCGAGCGCAGCGGACCCGCUGCCAAGUCUGCUGGAGGCGUCCCAGCUGGCGGAGCGGGGCGUCAUCAGCGCCGACGAAUUUCAAACGCUGAAAGCGGCCCUGCUGGCGCAGAUUGCCCAGGUCGUGGGGCGCGCCGUGUAG